CGUAGCAGAAACCCUCAUUUUGCUGUUUCGGACCGGACAGAUUAAUCUGUCUUACUCACGUAAACUCUGUUUUAUUCCAUCAAUGGAAACCCCAUUUCACAGCAUACCAGCAUACAACUGCAUCAGCCCCUAAACCCCCAAAAGACCAAAACUUUCUCAGCAAAAGAAGAAAAGAAAAAUCCCCCCAUUUCCCUUUGUGUUCAAGAUUGAGCUUUGGUCAUGGAGGUUCCUCAAGACUCCAUGGUUGAAGAGAGAGAAGAGUACAUGGUUUCACCAACUGGUGGACACCCAUUUCUCAGAAAAGCCUACUUUCUCAAACCCACUUUGCCAUCCUCCGCAAAGGAACCUCCUUUGAAGCUGCCUCAUUGUUUCUCCUCCCUCCCAUCCCAUUUUGAGCCAAAGAAGAAAUGGCCUUUGGAGGUUAAAUUUCCAGGAUGGCGUAAGCUCUCAGAAGACUUCAUAACUUGGGUCGACCGCUUAGCUUCUGUACACGAAUCUACAUGGAAGAAAGCUGGUAUUUAUGAAGCAAUUCUUAGUUCAAGGUACGAAAUAAGAAGGCAAGGCGAUUUGGCUUGUGGGUUUGCUGAGAAAUGGUGCCCUGAGACCAAUUCCUUCAUUUUUCCAUGGGGCGAAGCAACAAUCACGUUGGAGGAUGUUAUGGUUUUAGGAGGUUUCUCGGUUUUGGGGCACUCUGUUUUAAGCCCACUUGAAACCACAGAAUCGAAAGAAAUUGAGGAGAAACUAGAUAGAGAAAGAAGAACACCUUACAGGGCUGUGUCUAGGCAUGUUCUUGCAAGCGAAUGGUUGAAGAAGUUCAGGAACAGUGGGACCGAAUUCGAGCAUGAAGCUUUUCUUGCCUUAUGGUUGUCAAAGUUUGUUUUUCAAGGUUCUAUUUGUGGAAUACAUAAGCAAGCUGUAUCCAUUGCAAUUCAUUUAGCUAGGGGGACCAGAAUUGCCCUUGCACCUGCUGUUCUUGCUAGCAUUUAUAGAGAUUUGGGUUUGUUGAAAAGGAAAAUCGUAGCUUCAAACCAAUUGAAAAGAGGUCGUGCUACUUCAGAGGCUAUUCUUAGGUCACCAUUUCAAUUAGUUCAGGUUUGGGCAUGGGAAAGGUUCUCGGAACUUAGGCCAAAGCCCAAUGUUAUUGAUUAUACUGAGCCAAGAAUGGCGCGAUGGGAAGGAGUUGUUGGUCUCAAAGUAAAAAACUUGAGAAUGGUUUUGGACUCAGCUGGAGAAGAUUUCAUGUGGCGCCCCUAUGCCAUGGCCAUGGAGAACUGGCAUUUGCCUAACUAUUAUCCACAGAAAGAAAAGUGGGUGUUGGUUGGUCCAGAUUUGAAUGAUGAAUUACUGUCCUUUGUUAGAUGCUUGAGGGUCAGUGAGCUAGUAGGACUUGGUACUAUAGAACACUACCUUCCGCAUCGCGUUGCUAUGCAAUUUGGAUUUGAUCAAGAACUUCCAUGCUCUGUUACCCGUCAUCGCAAUUCUGAUGUAGCCUGGAAGCAUUACAACAGGGAAAUCAAGAAUGUUAAGUUGUAUCUUCCACCUAGGCUCUUCGAGGCGGAUGUUAGCACAAAGUACUUGAAAUGGUGGAAGCAAUCAGUGUUAGGUCUCGAAGAUGCAAAUGAAGCUGCUGUGCCACAGGAAAAGAAAGAUCAGAGUGUCAAUUGCUCACUACUAAGGGCUAACCACACCCCUGCACCUCCUAGUUUCCCUCCCAAAUGGGACAGGAUGGAAGCUCCUAUAAAUGAAGAUAAGCUAACUGUAUCAGAAUUUUUGAAACAUUGUAGUACUAAGAAGCAUCGAAAUUUGGAGAUUAGACAAGAUGGUGACAGUGAGAAAUUAUUAUCAGGUAAAGUCCAAUUGGCAUCUCCAAUUUCAGAGAAAAAAUUCAAUACGGACAUGGUAAGCAUCGUCGGAAAUGAAUGUCAUAGCCGUAGCUCUUUAUUUGAGAAAGGUCUAUUGGAGUUUGAGAAACGAGAUUCAGAGCUUGAAGUUAGGUUUAGAAGGCUUGAAAGUGUGGUUCAGGAGUUAAAAGCAUAUAGGUCUGGGACAAGUUUCAGGAAAAGUUGAUCAAAGACGGCCCUCCGUUGAGUUGGCAAUUCACCAAGAGCCUUGGUCUUGGGUACGUGGAAUCAAUGGAGUAACUUUCAUAGCCAAUCCAACGACCUUGGAGACGAAGAACGUGUAGAAUCUUGUUGGCGUGUUCGUGACGUGGAAGCAUCUCGGCGGGCUAGUAAUUGCAAGCGGUUUUUCACUUGGAAUCUUCCGCAAGGUAUGCAGUACCUUAUUCCGAAUAUAUAUUAACGAUUAUUAACAGAUUGCUUAUAAUGCAGCUGGAAUCUUUCUCUGUCUACUUAACCUGUCCAUCAAAGCUGUGAACCUACAUUUACAAAUCGAUUGUGAUCUUACUGAAAAUACUAUCAAAACAAUGUUGUUUGUCAACCAAAGAAGCUAGUUAUUUUUAAUGGCUCUAUUGUCCAGGAAACUACAUCACUGUCACUGAUCUUGAAUACAAACAAAUUCAGUUCCAUUUAUAUUUCUGUUAUUCUACAUGAUAUGGACUUUUCUCUUGAACUUGUGGAGUUAAGUUUUUGGUUUCAGGAUUUGUAG